AUGGCGGCAUCGGCGACUGACGAAGGCGCGGACCAAACCGAGUACAAGGCGAACGAUGUGAGAAGCACAUCUUCGCAGCUGGAAAGGCAGAAAACAAACGACGCAGACGAAAGCCCCCUCGAACAAACCACGAGCCGCAUCGAAAAAUAUCCCACUGGCAUCAAGCUGGCCCUGAUCCUGCUGAGCAUUUACUUGUCCGUCUUCCUGGUCGCACUCGACAGGACAAUCAUUGCUACUGCGCUUCCCAAAAUCACCGACAAAUUUCAAAGUUUUGCCGACGUUGGCUGGUACAACGCCGGGUUUCUGUUUCCCACGACUGCCCUCCAACUCCUCUUUGGCCGAUUAUACACCUUCUACUCGCCCAAGUGGAUCUUCCUCACUGAGGUGUUUGUGUUUGAGAUCGGCUCUGCGAUAUGUGGCGCCGCCCCGAACUCGGUCGCCUUCAUCUGGGGACGGGCGGUCGCUGGUUUGGGCGCCGCAGGACUGUUCAAUGGCGCCAUGAUCCUGAUGAUGUACGCGUCGCCUCUUGAGAAGAGACCUCUCUACAUGGGUCUCCUCGGUGCAGUUUUCGGGGUGGCCUCCGUCGCCGGUCCACUACUUGGAGGCGUCUUCACGACCAAGGUCAGUUGGAGAUGGUGUUUCUACAUCAACCUCCCAAUCGGUGCAGUGGUGCUCGCGUUCCUUUUCCUGGUCAUCGACGACAUGGAGCCAGCUCUGGGUAAUUUACCACUGAAGGAGAAGAUCUCCCGAAUCGACAUCCCCGGCACCGUUGUUUUCAUCCCCUGCAUCGUUUGCCUGCUUCUAGCGCUUCAAUGGGGUGGUCAAAAAUAUGACUGGUCCGAUGGCCGAAUCAUCGCACUCUUUGUCGUCUUUGGUGUCCUUCUCAUCACUUUCGUCGCCAUUCAACUAUGGCGGAAGGAGGCCGGUACAGUACCACCUCGAAUCGCCACGCAACGGACCAUUGCCACGGGAGGGUUUUAUGCCUUCUGUCUCGGGUCGUCAUUCAUGAUUGCAGUGUAUUACUUGUCGAUAUGGUUCCAAGCCAUCAAAGGCGCGUCGGCUAUCCGGUCCGGGUAUUCGACGCUGCCCUUCAUCCUCGCGCUCGUCGUUUCGUCCAUCAUAUCAGGAGCCUUCGUCACGAGGGUGGGGUAUUACAACCCGUCAAUCCUGGCGGGCGGCAUCUUGACGCCUAUUGGAGCCGGUCUCUUUACGCUCUUCACCACUCACACAGCGCACCCUAUGUGGAUCGGCGCACAGGUCCUUUAUGGUUUCGGUGUUGGUCUGGGCCUACAACAAACCAACAUCGCCGCGCAGGCCGUCCUGGACAAGAAGGACGCCCCGACAGGAGUCUCCCUGGUAUUCUUCUGCCAGGGUCUCGGCGGCACCAUCUCCGUCUCACUCGCCCAAAACGUCCUGGACAAUAAGCUCAUAUCGGGUCUGAAAAACAUCGCCGACAUCAGCCCACAUGACAUUGUCAACACCGGAGCCACUGAGCUGCGUCGUGCUUUCAGCCCCCAACAACUACCUGAGGUUCUGCGGGUCUACAACCACGCCUUGGUGGUUGUCUUCUACGUCGCCCUCGGUUUUGCCUGUGCGGCUAUCUUUGGAGGCGUCGGCAUGGAGUGGAAAACGGUGAAAAGAGAGAAACCUAAGAAGGACGAGGAAAAGACACCGGAGAUCAAAGAAGAAGCCAAGACGGAGUGA